GAGCGUUUGACGCUGCACGUGCGGCAGUGCCAGCGGCACGUGCGGGUGCAGGUGCUGCGGCAGGGAGUUGUGGGGUCGGAAGUUGUGGGGGAAGCAGCAAUUCGAGUGAAAGCAGAUUUAAUUGAUUUGGGAUUUCCCAAAAGACAAAGCUACGCACUUCUGCACGAGGGCAAGGUCGCCUGCAAAGCCAUCGUGAGACGCCCGCCACGCAGCAGCAGCAGCAGCAGCAGCAGCAGCAGCAGCAGCAGCAGCAGCAGCAGCAGCAGCAGCAGCAGCAGCAGCAGCAGCAGCAGCAGCAGCAGCAGCAGCAGCAGCAGCAGCAGCAGCAGCAGCAGCAGCAGCAGCAGCGGCAGCAGCAGCAGCAGCAUAGCAGUAGCACUGUCGUUUCACCGGCUGGACACUUCGCACGUGAGUCUGGGGGAGUUCCAGAUGUCGCCGCUGAUCCACCAAGCCCUGCUGCAUGCGCAGUACGAGGCGGAGAGUCGCGGAGAACAUUUGAAGUUGGACAUUUCCAACAUGAGUGAACUUCAAAGACUUCGUUUUUUCGCCAAAGUCCUCGAGGGGCCCCUCAAGCUCAUGACGGGGCUGGGGGCCUCCUGGGCCCCCCUCUACUUCAAGGCCACGGAGCGCCGCAGCGGCAAGUGGGAGUGGCAGUACUGGAACUCCAAGGAGGAGUGCCUCGCCGGGGAGAAGAAGAAGGGGGGCUAUUCGUUUUUGGCAAUAAGUUUGGUGCUGCCGGACAAGUACGACCGGAACACUUUCUACGUGAGGUACCACAACCAAAAAGGAGUUCAAGACUUGUUUUUUCGCAGAGUGGACCGGGACCGGAACUUGUGGUCCAAUGGUCUUUACGAGUUCAUUGAAAAGCUGCGGGAGUAUUUGGAGAAGUCCCCGGAGUUGCCAGCAGCAGAGGCUUACUUGGAGAAGAAGCGGCAGCUGGAGGCGGGCAGCAGCAGCGAGAAGCAGCGCAGCAGCAGCAGCAGCAGGGCCGCUCGCGCGGCCCGCAGCAGCAGCAGCAGCAGCAGCAGAAGCAAAACCCAAGACCUCUCCGACAUCAAACGCAUUGCCAGCCCCAGACAAACAGCAGCAACAGAACAAGAGAGGCCUCGAGUUGCUGCUCUCAAACGCAGAAUGGUUGAGGGUUUGAUGGUGGAGUCUGUCACUGACGACAGCAACGACGAAGACCCCGACUCCCCCCCUGCAGCAGCAGCAGCAGCAGCAGCAGCAGCAGCAGCAGCGGAGGGGGGGGGCGCAGCAGCGCAGAACACCGCUGCCACACCCACGCUCAACGAAGAACCAACCAAAAGCUUCAGCUCCCAAGACUGA